UUCUCAUUGGCAGCGGCUCAGAGGGGGAGCACAUAGUGAAAGGGAGAACGCGGGAGGCUUCAGUGAUCACUAGACCCUGCGCUGCAGCGUACUUCACCCCGGGAAAGGGAACAUGCUGUGGAAAUUAGCUGACAAUGUCAAGUAUGAGGAAGAUUGCGAGGACCGACACGAUGGGAUUAGCAAUGGGACUCCCAGACCGCCCCAGCUUGGGGCAGUUUCGCAGCACUUGUACACGGCGCCGCCUCUGUCUCACACUCCGAGUUCCGAGUUCCAGCCACCUUAUUUCCCUCCUCCGUACCAGCCCGUGGCGUACAGCCAGUCCUCGGAUCACUACUCCCACCUGAGCGACCCAUACUCCCUCAACCUCCUUCACCAGCAACAGCAAGCCGCCUCAGGCUGGCAAAGCCGACAGCAACCGGAGAGCGGGCUCUCCCAGCACCAGCGGGUUGGCCUCGCUGCACAGCUCUCGGCGCUGGAACCCAGGAGGGAGAUCCGGCGCCCGGACAUCCUCACCCCCGGCUCCCACCACAUGGACACAGGCCUGGCGGAGAACCUCAAUAUCCACGAGGUGGUACACAGCAUGGAGGAAGUGCAGCCUCCGGAGGAGCCCAGCUUGCUCCUACAGGAUCAUGGCGUUAUUAAGAAAGAGAAUCAGAGAACACAGGGUCAAGGUGAUUGGCAAAAGAAUGAGAGGCAACUUGUAGUAACAGCAUUUGUAUGCAAUGAGUGCUCACAGUUUGAAAUUAUUGCUGAUAGUUUGUUUGUCAGUAGGCAAACCUCAAGAAUAUCGAUUUCUAACCAAGGACUUACACUCCAGGCAAAGUCAAAAAAUGGAGGCAGGUCGUUACGUGAGAGAUUGGACAAAAUCGGGUUAAACCUUCCGGCUGGGAGGCGAAAAGCUGCCAAUGUGACAUUGCUGACGUCCCUCGUUGAAGGUGAAGCUGUACACCUGGCCCGUGACUUUGGUUAUGUGUGUGAGACGGAAUUCCCUGCUAAAGCAGCUGCGGAAUAUCUGACCCGGCAGCAUAUAGACCGCAGUGAGAUCAGCAGUCGGAAGAACAUGCUGCUCGCAGCCAAGCAAAUCUUCAAGGAGUUCACUGACAUGUUGACCCAGGACCGGUCUCCCUUGGGUAACACGCGACCCGGUCCAAUCCUGGAGCCUGGCAUUCAGGGAUGUCUGACCCACUUCAGCCUCAUCACCCAUGGCUUUGGCAGCCCUGCCAUCUGUGCUGCCAUGACCUCGCUACAGAAUUACCUGAAUGAAGCAGUGAAGGCUCUGGACAAAAUGUACAUGACCACCAGCGGAGGCCAGAGCCACCAGGACAGCAGCAACAAAGCCGUGGACAAAGAUGAGAAACACAGGAAGUGAGCUGUUUGAUGGCGGCUGGCAGACUUUAUCCCUCCCCUUAACUUUACGCCUGGGUCCCCUUCGGAAUUCGGUUAGCACCCAGAGCAAGAUGGCACCCGACAGUCAGGUGAUCGCCCGUACCUCCCUGUGCACCACAAAAUGCAAGACUGCACUAUUGCUCCGUGACCAACCGUUCUGCUUAAAAUGCCAAAUAUCAAACCUGUGAAAGUGGAGACACUUUGUCGCUGGGUUUUCUGUGUGACCCUGGGCUGGUGGUCACAUUUGCCAGUGGAACAUCCUGACCUCUGUGGCAAUAUCAGAGGCAAUUAAGAGUAUUACUUCCCAGCAGCUCUCACACACUCAAAGGCCGCACAGCCACUGCUUAACCCCUCAGGGGGCUCCAACACUCCUUAACCAUACAAUGUUAGCACCAGGGGUUUGUGCCAACAGUGGGUGGGUUUUCUGUUUCCAAUUUGCCAUUUGAGGGGGGCUGGAACACUCCUCAAAGAAAAUGAAACCACAAAGACCAAUAGACUCAUGUAUCUAAAGACCCCCUGAGGUGAAGGGGGCACUUUCAUCUUUCACCAUGGCAUGCUGGGAUGGCUGACUUUCCAAUAACAGACCCUUGCUGUCUCUCACAAGAUAACAAGAGCAGAGAACUCCUCGACUCUCCAAAUACCCCACUGCAGACCAACAUGGAAGAGACCUCGAGACAAAAGGAUGGAAAGACCAGUCUGCCAAGGGGAUUACAGUUGAAUGAUUGCACAGGGUCCCUAGAUCUUACAACGGGUGCCGGUCAUUCAUGAUUCACUCGUCCUUGCUUUGAAUGAGCUCGGACAUUGGUGCAACAUUGCCUACACUUUGCCCUUUUAUCACCAUAUUGGACUGGACCAGGCUUUCGAUGCCAACAUAGCAUGGGUGUUACUGAGCAAUACAUCACCUGAAACGUGGACAGAAAAAGUAGAAAUGAGACAAUGUGUUUCAUGCUCUGGACUUACCAAUGAUUAACCUGGAUUAACCGGCUGAUCAUCUAAACUCUGAAGUCGAUGAUGCAGAUUGGGCAGGUUUGGGUCACAGGACUCGAAAUGUUAACUCUGCUUUCUCUCCACAGAUGCUGCCAGAUCUGCUGAGUUUGUCCAGCAAUUUCUCUGAUUUUGUUUCAGAUUGAGCAGGUUGUAUUUAGAAGAGGACCCCGGAUAAAAGCGUCAGUGAAAUCUCUGAUCAAUGCAGGUUCAAAAAGGAGAGCUUUACUCUUUAAUGCUUCCUCAGAUCUUCUGCUCACUACAGGAUGUAAAGGCCAUUGAACCUGAACAAUCCCUGAGGAGAACCUACCCACUGUGCAUUAUUCAGGGACUCGAAACAGAUUUGUUUUACACACCUUAACCACACAACAGCCCACCAGUCGAAAUCUGUUGAAGAAUGUUGACGAUCUGUCUGUUCAGGAAUACCUUCUGGGGACUUGUGUGUUACUCAUGAAACUGAGAUUCUGUACAAAAAAGCAUAACUCUCUCUUCCUUCCCAUCCCAGUUGAAGGUAAUAUGGCAAUAGAUGGCAGAAGAAAGCCCCACUCAAAACAAACUUUUUGGAAAAGUUGAAUGGAGCUCUGUUAGGUUUGAUAACUGUCUGUGCUGACUACUCAAGUGGGUGGACAGGAUGGGGUAUUGGGUGAUUGGAGAGACCAGACCCUACAUUACUGGGCUCUGAACUGAGGUCUAAAGUGGGUUUGAACUUUCUAACUUUGACUCCAUCGGUGAGAGAAGGGUGGGAAAUCAGAGGAAAAUUAAAGCCUCGAAAUUACUGAUGAAAGCGUUAGCAGCAGAGGCCUGUCCUUGUUAGGUUCAUAAAACAAAAACUGGUUAUUGGCUGGUUAAAGUAAACCACUGGAGAAUGUUACACAAACAUAUUUAUUAAAUGUAUAUCUGUCUGCGAUUGGCAACAGGAAUUCUCCUGCCUUCUUUCUCAAAAAUGUCUCUGUGAUUUUCAUUGUCAUUUUUAUGCUGCUUAAAAGUCUGACGAAAUGAACUAUUAAUCUCAUCAAAGGAAUUGCUGUAGCUCACUGGUUCUCCUCUUGUACAGCUUGAGGUUGAGGUCCAUUGUCCUCCAGCCUGUUUCCCUCUCUGCUACACCUUUAUGAAUCUGGACUGAGAUUCUUAGAGGGUGUGAGAAGUUAAAAGGAAAGAAGCCUUCAAAUGGGAUGGGACUGGAUUUAAUGCUCUAAAAGGCUUGUCUGAAAUUCCCCUCUCCUAUUGUAAGGGGACGUGGUCACUCCAUUGUUGUUAGUAUUAUUUUGAAAAGGUUUUUAACACCCCUGGGCUAGAAUGGCAGACUGGGGAAUGGCGGGCAAGCACUCAGGGGCGUAUCCUCCGCCCCAGUUCAAGGGACAAGGUGGAUGUUCUUUAUUCUUUGUAAGGUCAGUCAACUGGAGCCCAGGCUGGUUGGCCUGACCCCAGGGCUGGAGCUUGACCUGCAACAAGGGGGUCAUAGGUCAGUUGUUGUCAAACCAGACUGACCUGCAAUGCUUACAGGGAAAGGCUGCCCUGUACCAACUUGACCUUUUUCCCCUCUGACCUUGACCCUACCAGUGAGUCCACAGACUGUUACAAAAAGUAGGGUAUGCAUGUGUGGGUGUGUGUGUGUGGUCUCCAGACAGCCAGCAACUUGUUCUCCAAACAGUGGCAAAGUUUCCUCCACAGGGUUAAUAGGGUGAUAAGGGAACUAGUGUUUUGAAUGUACAUAUUUAUUUAUGUGUAAUUUAAUGGGUGAUGUAUAUAAGGUGCAACCUUAAAACCUUUUUUUAAAAAAAAUGUUGUUUACCUCUUGUAAAUAGGGUUUAGUCUUCCCAUUUUCUUAUUUUUUUGGAGAAGUAUUUUCCAGUUUAAUGGGUAAACUAGGAUAUAAUUCCUUAUUCAUUCCUGCACAAUUACAAUAAUAAUGAGAAACGUAAAACAGGGUAUUUAAGCGUGGAGGUGCAGAGUGCCUGGCAGUGAGUUGAAAGCUGUGUUCAUCCUCAACACUCAAUCAACUCCCUGGAAAAAGCAAUAAUUCUUCUGGGUGUGAGUUGUAUGGUACUUUCUUUCUGUAAAUAAAGCAAGAGAUUGUUUUAAAAAUGUCUUCUGUCUGUGAAUGGAUGUUUAGAUUCAGCCCCUGCCAAGAUGUGGAUUCAGUUGUGUCUUGUAACAUAAUGUCAAUUGAGGAAAAAAAUAAAAAAUUUGAAUUGAA